AAGGCCCAAACCCUACCAAGAAACUAGCCGUUACAAGAGCGUCCCUGUAAUCUCAACGUUCCUUCUUUUCCUCCCCUCUAAACCCGGUAUUUUCCUUCAUUGUUGUCAUCGAUUCCAGUAAGAUCUCUCUUUCUCACUCGCUCACACACACACACACAAUCCCUCUAACGGUACAGCUCUCUCAAAUUAAAGAAAACCCCAAAACCCAUUUCUUUUACGGCGAGUCUUUUCGUUUUUCUGGUCAUUUACCGAUGAACUUGAUCGGCAAGAACGCCGGGGCUGUUCCGGUGACACCAGUGAAGGAAUCGUAUAGUUCUCGAUCCAAGAUUCAAGAAAAUCUUAAACUUGCGGAGAAUUUGAACCCCAAUGUCUCUCAUUCAAGCCCUGGUCCGAAACUCGGGAGCUCCCCAGUAAUUAAAUCAGCCAAGGCCCAGAAACCAGCAGCGAAGAAUCCCAACCCCGUCCUCUACUCACGGCGUAACAAGAUUCGGGAGAGAAAAUUCGUUGUGGCGAAAAGGAAUUCGAAGAACGAGAAUUUUGGGUCGAACGUCGAGUGUAAGUGCAAAGAGAAGGCUCGUGGUGGUAAUAUCACGAAGUGCUUGUGUAUGGCCUAUGAGAAUCUGAGGGUGUCACAGGAAGAGUUUUUCAAGAAUAGAAUCGAAGAAGUUGGGGAACCGGACCAGUUGAAGGGUUCCGAUAUCUCUGAGAGUGAACUUGAAGUGGAAAUAGAGAACGGCUUGAUGUUACAAGACCUGAAAAUAGAAGACGGGUAUGAAGGGCAGGAGGAGGAAAAUGAAUUUUCACCGGCCAACGACACAGACAGUCAAAUAGGUAGUUCAUCGAUUAAGAGGAGGAGGGACAAGUUGUUGGAAGAAGCAAGGAAAAGUGUGCCUGACCCUGGGUCUGGGAGAGUGAUGCAUUUGGUAAAGGCCUUUGAGAAGCUUCUUUCUAUACCGAGUUCAAAGGACUUGGAUGAGAAAGAUGAGAAAGAAGAAGAAGAGACUAAAAGGAAGGCAAUGAAAUGGGCUUUACCAGGAUUGCAGGCUCCCAAGGUUCCUGAGACGCAGGUUUCGUCUUCUUCUUUCUGUCCAUCAGACUUGUUCUUGACAUCAGAGAAUCUUGGUCUAGAUUCGCCAAUUUCGGUUUCUUCUUCGUGGGAUAGUAGCCAGGGAAGUAUUUCAGACAGGACUUCUAGUGUGGGCUGUCGGAGCCGAAGAAAUAGCUCCGAAUCUUCUGGAACAAUGGGUGGAAGGAGAUGGAAGAAGAAGCAGCUUAAGGUCACUAGCCAAAAACCGUUCAAGCUAAGGACAGAGCAAAGAGGAAGAGCAAAGGAGGAGGAAUUUAUGAAGAAAUUACAAGAAAUGGUGAUACAGGAGGAUAGGCAGCGGAUACCAAUUGCACAAGGCCUACCAUGGACAACAGAUGAACCAGAGUGCUUGAUAAAGCCUCUUGCGAAGGAGAACACGAGGCCUGUAGACCUGAAGCUUUGCAGUGAUCUGCGAGCAGUAGAACGUGCUGAGUUUGACCAUCAGGUAGCAGAGAAGAUGAACCUGAUUGAGCAAUACAAGAUGGAAAGAGAGAGAUGGGAGAAGUUGGCGGAUGAAGAAGAAAUAAGAAGGUUAAGAAAGGAGCUCGUUCCAAAAGCACAGCCUAUGCCCUAUUUUGACCGGCCUUUCAUUCCCAGAAGGUCAAUGAAGCAUCCCACUCUACCUAGAGAACCAAAGUUCCACAUUCCUCAACAAAAGAAGAUCAAGUGCUGCCAGUCAUGGAAUGACACCAGUACCUACACCUACGAUGAUUGAAAGUAAAAAGAAAAUUAGAAAAGAAACUCUGAAUAUUCAUUAUUCUGUUUCUUUUCUCUCUCUCUUUUUUUUUUUUUUUUUUGUCUCCUAAGUAAAUAUCAUUAUUCUAUUGUGACCA